AUGGAGGAGGAAAGGGAACCGCAGGUCGAAGCGUUUACAGAAGACAUCCCUUCAGUACCUGAUGGGGGUCCCAAAGACGAGGAAAGCCUGAAGUAUCACCUUCUAGGCCCCUCUUUAACAAAGGCGGGCCAAGACUCUGUCGACCAGCGAAAGGUCUCCGAAAUCAUCUACAAUGCGUCGAAAGGCUCCAAGUUCUUCAAUCAUGAACAAGCGCGCGACCGCGUCCUCACAGAGAAGAUCCAGCGAAUUCUCAAGGAGAAGGCCCGGCUAGAAAGUUUGAACCUAUCAAUUGAUCUAAAGCUGGCCGACCAGCUUUUUGCCGAGCUGGAGCUGACGCGAGACCUCUCGCAAUAUGUUGUUCACGUCGACUGCGAUGCAUUUUUUGCCGCAGUCGAAGAGCUUGACAGACCCGAGCUGAAGACCGUCCCCAUGGCUGUCGGAAAAGGUGUUCUAACUACGUGUAACUACGAAGCUCGGAAGUUUGGUGUCAGGAGUGGUAUGGCAUCGUUUGUCGCUCUGAAGCUCUGCCCGGAGCUCGUUUUGCUGCCGCAGAACUAUGAAAAGUACACUUCGAAAGCCCAAGAGAUCCGAACAAUCAUCGCUCGAUAUGAUCCUCAAUUCGAGAGUGCAAGUAUCGACGAAGCUUAUCUGAAUAUUACCACUUACUGCGCAGAGAACCAGCUUGACCCUGAGGUAGCCGUUGGUCGCAUGCGCGCGGAAAUCCUCGAGACAACGAAGAUAUCAGUCUCCGCUGGAAUCGCAGCAAACGCGAAGAUUGCCAAAAUUUCGUCAAACUACAAUAAACCGAACGGCCAGUUCUGUGUGCCGAAUACUCGAGAAGCUAUCAUGGAAUUCAUGAAGGAGCUGCCAAUGCGGAAAGUCAACGGCGUGGGUCGGGUUUUUGAGCGCGAGCUGGACGCCAUCGGGAUCAAAACGUGCGGCGACAUCUACCCCCAGCGUGCUUUCCUGGCGAAAUUGUUCGGCGAGAAAGCACUUCACUUUCUGGCGCAGUGCUAUCUUGGGCUGGGCCGGACGAAAAUCCAACCUGCGGAAAGCUAUGAGCGCAAAAGUGUCGGCACAGAAUCUACCUUUCAUGAAAUUAGCACCAAAGAGGAACUCCGGGAAAAGCUCUGGUAUUGCGCCCAAGAACUCGAGAAAGAUCUUUCUCGAACGCAGUUCAAAGGACGCACCAUGGUUCUCAAGGUCAAACUCGCCACGUUUGAGGUCCUGACUCGGCAGCACCAACCUGCAAGAGCCGUAUCAUCUGCCAAGGAGCUGUUCACAUCUGCCCUUCCCAUGCUAGAGAAGCUCGAGAAAGAGAUUCCGAAUCUGAGACUCCGAUUGCUUGGUAUUCGCUGUACAAACCUCGUGAGCACAAAGAAGUUCAGCAUAGAUUUCUUCGGGCCUGCUGCACGCCGUAAACCCGCGCAAGAAACCGCAACCGACUCUACCCGAGAACAGGAAAUCAGUGCAGAGGAGGCUUUCGAAAAGGCGGCCCGAGAGGAAUUGCAAGAUGAAAUGCAUGACCUUGAGAAGCUCAGUCAGGAGGUCCCCGAAUGUGAAGCCGACCCCAUAGUUCUGGCCAUCACCGAGAAGACACCAGAUCAGCCGCUAUAUUGGGACUGCCCAAUUUGCUCAAUGCCUCAAGUUGCAGAUGAUCGCAAAUUCAACGACCAUGUGGAUUACUGUCUCUCGAAGCAGACGAUUAAAGAAGCUGUCCAGGACGAUUCACCGCUGCCCCCAACUCAGUCUCAAUCCCAACCGGCGCCAGCCAGCACACGGAAGCGAAAAACUUUGGCUCGAGAAGCUGUCGAUCCACGGCAGAAACGCCUGUUCUUCGCUUGA